UUUCACCAACCACUUUCUUUCCUCUUUAUCAAAAGUUCUCGUUACUCAUUCUGAUAUUAUUGACCCAAGUAAACACGAUUGGCGUACGUAUCACAAGUGUUUGCUCUGACCAACUCGGGGGAAUAUAUAGACAAUAAUCUUGUGCACAAAAUGUAUUUAACAAAACUGCAGUCAUUUUACAGCCUGUAUCGAGUUCUGAGUUUCCGCUGAGUCCCUGUGUUUCCACUGAGAGUUCCAAGUUGGAAAUUAUUCCUUAUGGACAAAACAGUUCUCUAUGCAUUAGUCGCGCACUGGGAUAAGCCAAAAAUGCGAAUAGUUGCUGAUCAUUCUGCAAAAGAGGCCUCAGUCUAUCAGCGUCUUGCACUCUCGGCUCUGGAGAGCACGAAUUCCAAUCAGGAUGAAAAAAUGAGUCUGGAUCAGGGCAUGUAUACCAUUCACAUGCUUUCUGGAGAGCUGAAGUACGCUUGUCUCACUUCUGCUGCAGAGUCCGAAUCCUUGGCGCCUCAGUUAGCAUCGGCUUCUUAUAUAUUUUUGGAAAGGUUAAGGAGCGUUUACAGAGAACUGCCAAUACUUGCUGAUCUUUCGCGGGAUCUCACGAAUUUGUCCAUUAUCGAUUUAUCGGCACCUCUAAAAAAAAUUGUGGAAGAUUACAACCACGAGGAAUCUCAUGUCAUACCUAGACUGGAAGGUGAACUUGUUGAUGUACGACGAGCUCUAUUGGACGGCGUACAGAAACUUGUGGAUAGAGAUCAACGAUUGGACGAUUUGAUACGCAAAACCCAAACGUUACAGAUAAUGGUACGCAGGGAUUAUCGUGCUGCAUCUCGAGCUGCGCGAAGAAGAAAAAUUGUUUUUCAAACCACCAGUGUCGUUGGAGUGACGUUCUUGUUGUCAUUCAUUUUAGUGUGUUUAGCUUAUUUUGGAAUUUUGUAGCACCAUGUAAAUCUUGC